AUGAGCCCUCUAACAAAAGUCGUCAACGGCAAAACCGUCACCAACACCAAUGUCAAACCUCCAACCGGAUGGACAGUCAACUACGAUGACUUUGGCAGUGACACGGAAUGGGGCGAAGAUGGAGAGGUCGCAGAUCUUGUCAGCCCUUUUGGCAUCCAAGGACAGGUCAAGCCACUCUUCAGAACACCGUACAGGAGCAAUGAGGUCAUUUUUGUGAUUGAAAUCAACGCCCAGUAUUAUAUCUACAAUGGCGAGAGUGGGUGGGUGCAGCGAAUUGUUACACCGACAGAUUUGAAGGCGAUUGUGGAGUUUAUCAAUGAGGAGGGAUGGUUCCGGCUGGAGACCGAGAGCCUCGGUUGA